AUGUCUAGAAAUACAUCAAGUUCUGGUGGAUCUGGUGCUCUUUCACAUGCAUACAUCCAUUAUCCACCCUUAAGAUGCAAAAACAAUGGAUCAACAGGUUUAUUUUAUGAUGAUGGAAAUAAACUUUUAAUCUCUCCCACCUCUAACCAGGUUGUUUCUUGGAAAACUUCCCCUUAUACCCCUCAAGUUGCAUCAACAACUGAUACAAUAAGUGAAGGGCCAGUGCUUUCUAUCCGAUAUUCCUUAGAUUUAAAGCUUAUAGCUGUUCAAAGAUCAAAUAAUGAGGUUCAGUUUUGGGUCAAAGAAACUGGAGAGACUUUUAGUCAAAAGUCAAAGUCCGAGUCCGAUACUAUUUUGGGAUUCUUUUGGACAGAUUGUGCAGUUUGUGACAUUGUAUUUGUCAAAACCAGUGGACUGGAUCUUUAUAGUUAUGUCCCAGAGUUGAAAUCACUUGAAUUGGUUGACUCAAAGAAAGUGAAUGUGAGUUGGUAUAUUUACACACAUGAAAGCAGAUUAGUUCUUCUUGCUUCAGGAAUGCAAUGCAAAAGCUUUAUGGGAUAUCAGCUUUCAUCUGCAGGCAUAAUUCGAUUACCAAGGUUUGAGAUGGCAAUGGCAAAGUCUGAUGUAAACAGUAAGCCUGUUCUUUCUGCUGAAGAUGUUCAUAUUGUCACUGUUUAUGGAAGAAUAUACUGUUUGCAAGUUGAUAGAGUUGCAAUGCUACUCCAUUCCUAUAGAUUUUAUCGUGAUGCUGUUAUCCAACAGGGUUCUCUACCUGUAUAUUCCACAAAGAUAGCUGUGAGUGUGGUGGACAAUGUUCUCCUGAUUCAUCAAGUGGAUGCAAAAGUCAUUAUAUUAUACGAUAUAUUUGCUGACUCACGUACACCUGUCUCUGCCCCACUUCCUCUUUUAAUCAGGGGCUUGCCACGUGGCAGCAACAUUUCAUCCUCCCAAUCAGCAAAUGACACGUCAGCAAAUUUGUACUCUGAUGACUGGAAUUUUCUUGUCCCUGAUCUUGUAUGUGAUGUUUCCACUGGAUUCUUGUGGAAGAUUCAUUUGGAUUUGGAGGCAAUUUCCGCGAGUAGCUCAGAAGUGCCAUUGGUUUUAGAGUUUUUGCAGAGAAGGAAAUUGGAAGCAAAGAAGGCUAAAGAUUUAUGUUUGGAAUUACUUCGGUCAAUCAUGAUUGAAAGAAGACCCCUGCCCGUAAUUUUCCGGGCAGUUAACGUACUGGUGACCUCUUUUGCAUAUUCACUGAAAACCGGAAGUUACUCAAAGUCAACACCAGUCAACUCCUCCUCCGGUGUACCGGAAAACAAUUCCGGCAACAAACCGGGAGACACAUCUGGUGGUGGCUUCUCAACUUCAGACUCUGAAGAUAAUAUUAAUUUGAAAAAAGAAAAUGGAGAAAACUUAAUGGUUUCAGAAGAUCAACAAGAGUCACAAUCACAACUAGUUACUUCAGCAACUAUUCCACCUGAUGAGCUUUACACUUUUGUAUUUGCUUCAGUUGAAGAAGAGAUGAUUGCUUUUGCAGACGCUUCUUAUUUGUUUUCCAUUCUUCUCGAGUUUAUCAGGAGUGCCAAUUUGGAGAAAAUAAAAGUGCAUCCGAAUAUAUACGUGUUGGCAGUGCGGUUGCUUGGAAGGAAUGAGAGAUAUGCUGAGCUUGGACAGUUUGUUUUGAAUAAGAUUAUCGAGCCAUCGAAAGAGGUAGCGCUUGAGCUUCUAGAAGGGGUGGGAAGUCGUAACAUCCAAACAAGAAAGUUAGGUGUUGAUAUGUUGAGACAGCUGUCACUUCAUCAUGACUACGUGGUGUUACUUGUACAAGAUGGAUGUUAUCUUGAAGCUUUACGUUAUGCACGAAAACACAAGGUUAGUACUGUUCGACCAUCAUUGUUUCUAGAAGCAGCGUAUGCAUCAAACGAGCCACAACACCUGGCGGCAGUUUUAAGGUUUUUUGGUGAGUUCAUACCUGGAUUUGGGACCACUUCAGAACACACGACUUAUAUUCGUGCUCUUGCUGAUAUGCCUUCAUCGAUUACUGUGUGAGAUCUUGUUUUUUUGACAAAGGAUUUGGAAUCUGUUAUGUGUUUGGUUUGGUUGGUUGGUA